AUGUACGCUUCUGCAGUGUACUCAGGGGCCCACACCGAUACAGUAGGCGACUGGGGCAAUGCCAAUUACACCCGAGAAACCAUCAUCCAGUCCUUUGUUGUGAUUCUCAAGGGGCGCCAUCGUUACUGCAAGGCACAGUUCAUGUGGCAUCGCAAAAAGCAGUGCGUCUACGGUAUUGCCAAGGGAAAUGGACUCCAAGAAUUACUGAAGCGUCGGUUCGGACACGAUGCGGAAGGUCUCCUCAUUGACGGGGAGAUUUGGUUUGACGAUGAGGAGGUCUUGCGUGGCGGUGUCUUCGAGACUGGCAAAAGCUACUAUGUUGUCUACAAUGAUAAUGUUCCUUCGUACUCGGAAGCGAAAGCUCUUCCCCCAGCAUACGAUCUCCCCGAGGCUUCCCGAAGGGACCGGGAGGUUCAUCGGAUCCAUGGAUACAGCUACUACACCAGCAUUCCUACGUUGACAAAGGAGCUGAACAUUGGGCUUGGCAAGACAUUAAAGGCCCUUGUCAUGACUAACAAGGAUACCAAGCACAUCGAUACGCUUAUCAAUUUCUUGUCCAAUUACGCGACAGACCGCUGGGUAGGCGUUCUUUGCCACGGGCGCGAAUACACUGACGACUCCAUACUUUACGACGAAGCAGCAGUUCCCGGUGAGGUUUAUCCUGUAACGUAUCGAUCGCCAGGCAAACUCAAUGUCUUUCAGAAGCUCAGCGACAAGGCUAACGCUGUCAGUUACUCCAAGGCAUCGGCAUCGGCAUCGACGUAG